AUGGCACAGGACGAGGAGAACAGAGACUCGGCCGAGCGGCAACGGUACGAUGACGAGACGCAACCUCUGCUUCAGAGAGGCCAUACCGAUGGAGGCGAGGGCGGCGACAGCAGAGAACUACUACGCUUCGAGGAGAACGAUUCCGAAAAUCCCCGGCAAUGGAGCUAUACCAGCAAGAUGCUCAACGUGGCAACCAUAGCCGCAAUGGCCAUCUUGUCUCCGCUGGCCUCAUCCAUGUUCACUCCGGGCAUCAGCCAGAUCGCAGAGGGCCUCGACACGACCGAGGACUCCGUGAUCGCUUGCACGACGGGUUUCGUGGUCAUGCUCGGCGUGGGACCGCUCGUCCUGGUACGUUCCCGAGGCGCACUCCCUUCUACUACAUGUUCUGACCAUUGCUCUGCAGGCGCCUCUCAGUGAGACAUUCGGCCGAAGGAUCAUGUAUCUAUCGUGUUUCUCCAUUUUCGCCAUACUGCAGAUCCCCUCCGCGCUCAGCCCAAACAUCGGUACCCUCGUCGCAACGAGGACUCUAGCUGGCUUCUUCGGCUCUGUAGGCAUUGCAAACGGAGGCGGUUCCCUUAGCGACAUGUUCGAACCAAGUCAACGCGCCAGUGUCUUCGGAUGGUACCUCCUCGGCCCUCUACUUGGUCCCACCCUCGGUCCUCUCUUCGGCGGAGUCAUCGUCCAAAGGCUCAACUGGCGCUGGAUCUUCUGGAUUCUUACCAUCAUCUGCGUCGUAAACACAAGCGCGGCCUACUUUCUCCUCAAAGAAUCCUAUCCACCCAUCAUCCUCGCCCAACGCCGCUCACGCCUGGAGAAAGAAGCCAACACCUCCAACAAAUACCGCUUCGACGGCGAAGACCCUCGUCCGCUCUGGAUCAAACUCCGCUACUCGUUGACCAGACCUCUCCGCAUCUUGGUCCAACCCAUCGUCCUCACAAUGAGCACCUACCAAGCCAUCCUCUUCGCAACAACCUACUCCAUCUACACCAACAUGCAACCCAUCUACCAAGGCGAAUACGGCUUCAACACAGAACAAGUCGGCCUCCUCUACCUCGGCCCAGGCCUCGGCUUCCUCUUCUCCGUCUGGUUCCUCGUCCCCCGAAUCGACACCAUCUACAACGCCCUCGCCGCCCGCAACAACGGCAAAGGCCGCCCCGAAUACCGCCUUCCCCUCGCAAAUAUCGGCUCCGUCUUCAUCCCCGCAGCCCUCUUCUGGUUCGCUUGGACCGUCCAAUCUCACAGGCCCUGGUACGUCUCCAUCAUUUCGACCUUCUUCUACGGCAUCGGACAGGUGACGAUCCUGAAUUGCACGACGAACUACUACAUCGAUUGCUUUGAGAAAUAUGCCGCCUCGGCGAUCGCCGCGGGGGCGGUGUUUCGCAGUGUCAUUGGGGGGAUCGUGCCGCUGUUCGCGCCCACCUUGUUCCAUCAACUGGGAUACGGAUGGGGGAUCUCUGUGUUUGGAUUCUUAUCUUUGGCCAUCGCACCGGCGCCGUUGACGUUUUAUUUAACUGGUGCAUGGGUGCGCGAGAGGUUCUGGGUUGAGCUUUGA